UCGUAUGGUUUCCACAUUUACUUUCGUCAAGAUUUCAUUUCAUUCAUAAAUAUCGAACGGAGGGAUCAUUGAUCGAUUUUAAAAUCAGUAUAGGCUCGGCUCGAUUUAUCCAGUUAGCCUUCCUUCCUUAUUCACGCGCCUAGUUCUCCGGAUUAAUUCCCACGCCACCGCUAUGAAACAUUCUUGUUGAAACCCUUACAUAAGCGGUUAUAACAUAAUCUCGAAUCCCAGUGCGAAUACCCACGUGUGUUUAUCCAUCCCAUCCAUCCUUAUCCCAGAUCGCGAAAAAUCUCAAAAACUGCGUAUGAUGUCUACAAAAAUUUUGUGAAAUUCCUGUGCGACAGAAGUGCGACGAUAAAAAAAAAUGUCUCAAUCAAAAAUCUUCUCAAGAAAUCGUGCCUUAGGUUAUGUGAGUAAUCACAUUCCCCUGAUAACACGUUACAUCCACAGAAGAAAAGAAAAUCUGAUUGUAACGAGUGUUGGAAAAUCCUUCCACACAUAUGGCUGUGGACACUUCACCCUCCUGAGCGUUUCAGGCCCUCAUCCUGACGAAAUAACAUGUAUCUCCGGAGAUUCUUUCCAUGUCUACACCUCCAGCGAGACAAAAAUCUACGCCUGGAGACGAGGUAAUGAACUGAAGCACAUCUACAAGGGUCACAAUCACCCCGUCCACCUGAUCCUACCCUUCGGUCCCCACCUCAUCUCCAUCGACGAUGAAAGCACCCUGAAACUCUUCUCUAUAAAAACCGAGGAGGAAGUUCUCUCCCUGAACUUCAGCAACAACGUCUUCAGGAUCACGAAGAUUGCUCACCCGAGUACAUACAUGAAUAAGAUCCUCUUGGGGAGCGAUCAGGGACACCUCCAGCUGUGGAAUCUCAAGACCAUCAAGAUGGUGUACACUUUUGACGGUUGGAAUUCACCAGUGACAGCCCUGGAACAGGCUCCAGCGAUGGAUGUGAUGGCGAUAGGCCUGGGGAAUGGUACAGUUAAAAUGCACAACAUUAAACAGGAUGUGACGAUAUUCGAGGUGAUCCAGGACUGGGGAAUGGUGACGUCGAUAUCCUUCAGGAGCGAUGGAUAUCCGAUCAUGGCAACUGGAAGCCCUCAGGGUCACGUUGUCCUGUGGAACCUCGAGGAGAGAAGGGUCGAGUCUCAACUGGUGAAUGCACAUUUCGGAGCUGUCGCUGGACUCCAGUGUCUCUCCAAUGAACCCCUAAUGGUGACGAAUUCUUCAGAUAAUUCUCUGAAGCUCUGGAUAUUUGAUCAGGCAGAUGGUGCUGCUAGACUUCUGAGGGUACGAGAGGGGCACUCUGAGCCUCCAACCUUUGUCAGGUUCUAUGGAUACGAUGGCCAUAAUAUUUUGACAGCUGGUGGUGACUCCUCUCUCAGGAUAUUCUCAACGAUCACAGAGACGUUCAAUAAGAGCCUGGGGAGGGCCUCGUUCAACAGAAAGGCCUCCAAGAAGAAGGGUAGACUCGUUGACGACAAUUUGGUUAUGCCUGCAAUCACUGAACUCGCCCUGGAGAAGACCAGGGAAAAGGACUGGGAUAAUAUUGCUGCAGCACAUUUGGGACUGGGGGUUGUCACCACUUGGUCGUACGAUAAAUUGAAAAUGGGGGAGCACAAGAUCCUGCCGAAGAGGUUCAAGAAGAAUUACAAGGCCAAUGCCACUAGUUUAUUUCUCACUCACUGUGGAAAUUUCGUUGUCAUCGGGUACAACACGGGACACGUCGACAGGUUUAAUAUUCAGAGUGGAAUUCACAGGGGAACUUAUGGGGGAGAAGAGGGGGCACACGACGGCCCUGUCAAGGGGGUGAUGGUUGAUUCUCUUAAUCAGGAGGUCAUCACUGCUGGAAGGGAUGGGAGGGUCAAGUUCUGGGGAUUUCAGGGAAAGGGAGAACCUAAAUCUGUUGUAACUCUCAGUGAAUCUAUCAAGUGGAUCAGAAAUCAUCGGGAGAGCUCUCUCAUUGCUCUCGCUCUCGAAGACUUCAGUAUCAUACUUAUUGAUUUGGAUACUAGAAGAGUUGUCAGGCAUUUCAGGGGACACACUGGUCAUCUCACUGAUGCCACUUUCAGCCCGGACUCCAGGUGGCUCAUCACUGCUUCCAUGGAUUCUACUGUCAGAACUUGGGAUAUUCCAUCUGCUAAACUUAUCGAUAUAUUCCAGGUACCAGAAGCCUGCAUAUCUCUCGAUUUCUCAGCGACUGGUGAUUACCUCGUGACCUCCCACAUCAACAACCUGGGUAUUUACCUAUGGACGAAUAAGACUCUCUUCACUCACGUCUCCCUUAGAGCAAUAAAUCCGAAUGCUUCGAUUCCUGUGAUAACUCUUCCUGGAUCGUCUUCCCAGGAGAACGAUAAUAUCGAAUCUGUCGAGGUUGACUCUGGAGAGCAGGAGGACGACGAAUAUGUGUCCCCAGAGCAGCUUAAUGCUGCAUUGAUCACCAUGUCCUCCCUCGCAGGCUCCAAAUGGCAGAAUUUAUUGAACAUCGAUGUUGUCAAGAAGAGGAAUAAACCCAAGGAGCCACCCAAGGCCCCUGAAGCUGCUCCGUUCUUCCUGCCGACAGUACCUUCACUAGAUAUUCAAUUCGAUCUGUCGGAGACUCCUAAGGACGAUGGAAACAGCAAGUUGUUGAUUCCCUCGGACUUCAGCAGUCUUACAGCAUUUGGUAAACUCCUCAGGGACACCAUUGAGAGUGAUGACUUCUCCGAAUCAAUCACCAGGUUAAAAAAGUUCGGACCUAGUGCCAUCGAUUUUGAAAUCCAGUCUUUCUCAUUGGAUCCCUCCUGCUCCACGUCUGUCAUGCUGCAGUUCAUGAAGAUGAUUCGAUUUAUGAUUGAGAGUCGAAGAGACUUCGAACUUUCCCAGGCGUAUCUGUCACUUUUUCUUAAGAUUCAUGGCACGAAGAUCCAGGAGGAAGAGGAAUUGUGGAGGUAUUUAGGUGAACUACAGGAAAUUCAGAUGAGAACGUGGACUACACUCAGGGAAAAAUUGUAUUAUAAUUUGAGUGUUGUACAGCAUCUUAAAAAAAUGUAAAAAUAA